GGGUGCGGAACGUGCACGAUGGAACUGUUGAAUUUUUGGAGAAUUUCCAUAAUUUUUGGGCUUUGUCUCUUCAUUGAAUCCACUUACGAGAAGCACCUUGGCUUCUAUUUUUCUCACUUUAAUUACACUUUUGAUGAGAGGUUCAUGAACAUUAAUGUUGAUAUGUCGAUGUAUAAGAAGAAUACGAAGAAGCAUCCGAUCCAUAAAGUUCCAGAAGUCAAAAUUAAAGUUUUACAAGACAUCCCCAGAGUACACAUUCAACUGAUUGCAGAAGACUUAAGAAGCCAUAAGACGUUGGCUAAUCGAACAAUCGAUUUAUGCGAUUUUGACGAUAUUGUUAAUGCAAAUAUUUUCUUUAAAUCUUUACUAAACCAUUUGAUGGAGAAUCUGAAGUUUAUGCUGAAAUGUCCAUUUAAGAAGGGUACAUACGUGGUUGAAGAACACAGCAUGCCAAAUUACGCGAUCACAGGCAUGAUGAAGCUUCAUGAUAAAUAUCACAACAUACAGAAAGUCAAAACAAAAAUUGAUAAUCAUAUCAAGACAAUUUUCGAGUCAUCUUAUACCACGGAGGUUUGCGAAUUUGAUUAGUGUUUCAUCUUCUUUUAUUUUUUUAUUUAACAAUGUGAUGUAAUGCAUAACAUAAUGCAUGAAGUAAAGAAGAGAAAAACGGAAAAGAAUUAAAGAAACUACAAAUUAUGAUCCAUAAAAAUGUGAGCUUUUGCCCUUUUCAUUAGAUUCUCAUCAUAAACAUGAGAUCUUUAUCUCCUCUCGUCUUCUUUUCUUUCAUACUCAACUUUAUUUGGUCUUUUGCUUGUCUUUUUUUGGUUCGGUAGAAAUUCGUUGGCUUUUGUCUCGUCUCUUUG